GCUGGCCUACAUGCAGCUGCUCGAGGACUACUCAGAGCCACAGCCCUCCGUGUUCUACCAGACACCGCAGAACGAGCACAUCUACCAGCAGAAAAACAAGCUCCUCAUGGAGGUGUACGGCUUCAAUGACUCCUUCAGCGGAGCGGACUCCUCGCAGGAGCUGGCCCCUCCACCCGCCCUCCCUCCCAAGCAGCGGCAGCUGCAGGCCUCCUAUGCUGCUUCUUCCUUCUCCUCUGUCUCCUACUGUGUCCAGCAAACUAAAGUGGCCUUCACCCCCGAGGACGGCAGUGCCACUCAGGGCAUCAGUGUGUCCGUCUCUAACUCCUUUCUCAGCCGGCACGGCAGCUUGCCUGUGCCCUCGUACAAAUCUGUGUUUAGGUCCUACUCCCAGGAUUUCCUGCCUCACCACCAAGCUUCCGUUCAGCCUUUCCCUCCGCCCACCUCCUCCUCCUCUCCACAUUUCCCACCUGUCCACCAGCCUCAGAGCUCUGACUUAGCGGUGCCGCCUGUGGCCAGUCCGCCUCCCAGCACCAUGGACGGGCCUCUCUCACCUUCUCAGGAGAACAGCUUUCAUGGGAAUACUGUCUGCCUUCCUUCCGAAACCUCUUUCACUGACUCGAGUGAAAACGCCAGCGAGGACGCUGGUGAGGGUGAAUACGUCAAUCUGUACUCCUCUGGCCAGAGCAGUGAGGAGCUGGCUCCCUCUCGAGGAGAAUCACCAGCUGGGAAAGACGGGCCUGCCAGAGAUCCCUCGGCAGUUGGCAGUGCACCUGGAAAGGACAGCAGAGAUGGUGGUGAGAGGGCUCCAAAGUCACCAGAUGCUCUGGAGUCGGCCCAGCUGGAAGACGAAGUGGAUGAGCUGUCCCUCAUCGACCACAAUGAAAUUAUGGCCAGGCUGACGCUCAAGCAAGAGGGUGAUGAUGGGCCAGAUGUCCGUGGAGGGUCUGGAGACAUCUUGCUGGUCCAUGCUACUGAGACCGACAGGAAAGAUUUGGUGCUGUACUGUGAAGCCUUCCUGACCACCUACAGGACCUUCAUCACCCCAGAGGAGCUCAUCAAGAAGCUACAGUACAGAUAUGAGAAGUUCUCUCCCUUUGCUGACACGUUCAAGAAGCGCGUGAGCAAGAACACAUUCUUCGUGCUGGUGCGGGUGGUGGAUGAGCUCUGCCUGGUGGAGUUGACGGAGGAGAUCCUGAAGCUGCUGAUGGAACUGGUCUUUCGCCUGGUGUGCAGUGGGGAGCUCAGCCUGGCUCGUGUGCUCCGGAAGAACAUCCUGGACAAGGUGGACCAGAAGAAGCUGCUCCGGUGUGCCAACUCCGACCAGCCCCUGGCAGCCAGGGGGGUAGCAGCCAGGCCAGGGACCUUGCAUGACUUUCACAGCCAUGAAAUAGCUGAGCAGCUGACACUGCUGGACGCUGAGCUCUUCUAUAAAAUAGAGAUUCCCGAGGUUUUGCUUUGGGCAAAAGAGCAGAAUGAGGAGAAGAGCCCCAACUUGACCCAGUUCACGGAGCACUUCAACAACAUGUCCUACUGGGUCCGGUCGAUAAUCAUGUUACAGGAAAAGGCCCAGGACAGGGAACGGCUGCUCCUGAAGUUCAUCAAGAUCAUGAAGCACCUGCGGAAGCUAAACAACUUCAACUCCUACCUGGCCAUCCUGUCGGCGCUGGACUCGGCACCCAUCCGCAGGCUGGAGUGGCAGAAGCAGACCUCAGAGGGCCUGGCUGAGUACUGCACGCUGAUUGACAGCUCGUCCUCCUUCCGAGCCUACCGGGCUGCCCUCUCCGAGGUGGAGCCUCCGUGCAUACCAUACCUGGGGCUGAUCCUGCAGGACCUGACCUUCGUUCACCUGGGAAACCCAGACUAUAUUGACGGGAAAGUGAACUUUUCCAAGCGGUGGCAGCAGUUCAACAUCCUCGACAGCAUGCGAUGUUUCCAGCAGGCGCAUUACGACAUCCGGAGAAACGACGACAUCAUAAACUUCUUCAACGAUUUUAGUGACCACCUGGCCGAGGAGGCCCUGUGGGAACUCUCUCUGAAAAUUAAACCCAGGAACAUAACGCGGAGGAAAACAGACCGGGAAGAGAAGACCUAGGAGCAGGUGCCAUGAGCAAGGAGAACGCUCAAGAGGCAGAGGGCAGCUCCAAGCCCAGGGAGGACUCUGGACCUGGCAGGUGGGCUGCCAGCGCCCCGGCCACAGAGCCACAGGCUGGCCAGGCCUCAGCUAUGCCGGGCAGGGGCCUGGAGCCCGCCAGCGGCUUCCUGCCUCCCUCCUCCGCAGGAGCAGACACGUGGCCCGCAGUGGAGCUGGCAGGCAGGUCUUAGGACUGAUUUGUGACCCGGGGGUUUCCUGGUUUGGUUUAGUUUUCUGCUUUCACUUCUGUCUUCCCCCCCACCCUGCCACCCUCUCUCCUACAGCCUGGGAGCAGCACAGAACCAGAAUCAGCAGACCAAGGAAUGGCAGAUCCUCUCCCCUCCCUGAGCUUGAGAGUCCCUGAAUGACACGGCAACUGCCUGGAGGCAGAGGCCCCUGUGUGGGGGCUGCCCUCCUACGGCUGCAAUGAGGCAGGUGUGGAGGGGUGGUCAGAAGGCAGAGAAGACCAGGGCAGGCUCCUUUUGCCCCCCAUUCCCUGCUUUUGAAAUAUGGAGGAUGGUGUGAGCUUUUCAUCUGGCCCAGAAAGGUAGGACGGGGGGUGUUAACGCAGCCCUGGAGCUGGCACCCCUUAGCAUGGCACUGGCUCUUGGGCAGUCUUGCUGGGUGCUGUGCCCACAGGCCUCCCAUGCUGGACUGCGAGCAGCAGCAGCACCUGUCAUCUUGUCACCCCUUUACCUCCUGCCCAGGCUGCUAAGACUUUCCCCACAUUGUCCCUCUGGGCAGCUGGGAGAGGAGGCUGGGCUAGGGAGGAAGAACUUCACCAUCAGAGAAGCACUUUGUAUUGCUGGGAGUCUUUUUUACCUUGUCUGAGUUGGGGCCUGAGCUGAGCUCCUGGGGAGUGAAUUCAGAGAGGGGACAGCAAAGGAGCUCUCCUGUCCUCCUCCGUCGCUUGCUGUGUGCCUUAAGCUCCGUCUUCUGUCUCUCCCAGUAUCUUGCCCCAUUCUGGAGUGGCCAGUGGGCUCCUCCUCUGGCUCAUCAGACCUUCCUGCCAGAGCCAUCAGUGUUCCCCGGGAAGGACAGGGCAUCCCUGAGAGGCCCAAGCAGGCCCUUGGGGUGUGGAGAGGUCAGAGGCCUGGCCUCAGAGGUGCCCCUGAGGCUGAGCAGCCAGGCAGGCUUGCUUUCUCCUUGGCUGGAGCAUCUUCAAGAGCAGGUUCUCUUCCGUCCUCCUGGUUACAAACCACUCUCACUGCUGAGGCUGACAAUCUAGGGCAAGGUUUGUGGGGGCGGGGGAGGGCACUGCUUCAGCAAGCAGGUGCCCGCUAGAGCCUCCCAUGUCCCCCCCGGCUCCCAGCUGCUGUGCACAAGCGAGUGCUCACUGCUGCUGGGUGCAGGACUUGAUCAAGUGAACACCAGGGUCGGACUGAGCUUACUUAGCCCAGUUUAAACAGAACAAAGAAAAGAUAGAAAGCAACACCUGUUGAUUAUUUAGACUUUUUAAACAACCAUGUCACUUUGAGCCCUUUCUGGGUUUGUGAGCAGCUUUUCUCAAGAAGAGUUUGGGCUGUGUUUCUUCUUCUUUCGUGUUUUGUUUGUCCUGUAUGGAGAGGGGAGGGAAUCUGUGGAACGUCAGAGAGGCUGCCUCUGACAGCAGUCCUGCUGGCGGCUGCCGGAACCGUCACUUUAUUAUUUAAAGAGUGUGUGUGGAGAACCGCUGGUUUCUUAGCAGUAUUGUGUGUGGGGUUGGAUUUUUAGUUUGUUCCCUCUUUUUGAGUCCCUUCAUUUCAACCUUUGCCUCGCACUCCCGUCCUUUGCCCAGCUCUGUUGAAUGCUGCUGCGUGUAUGGGAGGGUCCACUGUGCACACAAGGUCUUUGAAUUGUGUGAACGAAACCCCUGUGCCAUUUAGAGCCUCUGGGAGUCUCCCUCUGUGGCACAGGCAAGGGCCAGUGCUGUGUCGCAGCCUCAGAAACCAGCCCACUCACGCCCAGCAGCAGGCAGAUCUGUGUCUGCAGUUGGGCCUGUGCGCCUUGCUCUCAGACGUGAGCUGGACAGAGAGGGGGUCUCCACACCUUCCCUGAAUUCAGAACAGACCCUGUGCCCAUCCCCAGGAUGCCCGAGCAUUUCCCCCGGGCCCUCCCCGUCCCUCCCUGGGAGCCCUUGGUAGUCUGAGCAGAAGAGCCCAAGCAGCAGGUGGCAGUGCCAGGUGGCUCCCCACAUGGGGACAGCAGGGUGCACUGCGUGUUUUAACUUAUUGGCUGACAGGCUCCCCCUCCCGGCUCUGGUUGUUGCCAGGUCCCAGUGCUCAGUGCUGCAGCCUGGCCGGGACUUGUCUGUUUCUCGGGGGCCCAGGGGAGGGUUGUGGGGAUCAAUCUUUGACACGACUGAGAUGGAUGAUUCGGUUCCUUUCUGGUCAGUUCUCACCUGCAGGUGUGGGUGGAGCCAGGGAAGGGCACUGGGCUCCAGUUCUGAGAAGCGCCUGCCGCUCCGGCUGCCCACGGCCUCCCAGUGUUCCAUUGUAAUAUACAUCCCCCAACUAACCGUCUCAUAGUGGCAUCUUCCUGCAGACAUUUCAAACGUGUAACUUUUAUAUGAAAGAAAAAUAAACACAGAUGAAAGCCGA